AUGCUGGCAAAGCUUUUAAGUUUUAUUACUAAUGCUUCACCAGCCAAAGAAUAUAGGAAUAUUGAACUAUUUGACAUUAACAGCUUCAAAGAAAACAAGAUUCCAUCAGAAAAUAAUAAAUAUUCAAUUUUUUUUAAUAUCAAAUCCGAAAAUCAAACAAAUAUUAUUGAUUUCGUGAACCAAUUAUCAAAUGCAAACCUUGGGUUAUGCUCUCAUAUCUAUAUUUUCCGAAAAAAGGAAAUUAAUUUUCUGAAAUUUACCAAUAUCAAAACAAGCAUUACAGAAGUUGAUUCAUCAAGAAGAACUAUUGAUAAUUACUUCUAUUUCCCACCAUUAAUCCAGUCAGAUCAUAUUAUUUUCAUAGAUGAUACAUUUCCUCUUACAACACAGAACUUUUUCAAUAAAUUAGAAAAGAUAAUGUAUAACAUCAUUGAUCGGCCAGGAGUUUCCAAAAUUUAUGGACCUUUUGCCAGUUCUAUUUCGAAAUCAAAGGAAAGUAGUGAUAUUCAGAACGGCUACAAUAUGAUACAUACAAACUUUGCUAUCAUUAAUUACCAAUACAUGAACUUAUAUAACAUUCUUGUCAAAUUAUUACCAAAACAAUUAAAAGAAGAUCUUGGCAUUGAAUGCGCUGAUGUGCUUCUCAAUUUCUUUGCAUAUAGACUCAAUAAAAGUCCAUUAACAAGGAUAAAAAUGGAAGAAAAUACUCAAAAUGUGAUGACUCGUUUCUUGAUUAAUUCAACGGCUCAGAAUAAGUGCGUUAAGUUGAUUAACGAAUACAAGCCAGACUUCAGUUGGGAAUCUUACUCUUUCAGUGAAGAAAUACCAUUGAUUUAA